AUGGAGGGUAACCCCGCCGAGCACGAUGAGGCUGUGUCUCAAUUCUGUGCUAUGACUGGAACUCAAGCUUCAGAUGCUCAGGAAUAUCUCGCUGCCAAUGGUUGGGACAUCGAAGCUGCCGUUACAGAGUUCUUUGCAGAGCAGGACGAAGCCCUGCAAGAUACCAGUGCUGGUGGCGAGCGACAACUAGGCACAGAGGGUAGCCCUGGAGCUCCCACGGGGGGUAGAACUCUGGGGGGAAGUGCCGUACCCGCUUCAUCUGCCGCUGAGUCCUCAUCAUCUGCCCGACGCGCUGCGCCCAAGAAGAAGUUUGCGACACUGGGAGACUUUGCUUCGGGAGGGGGUGGUGGCGGUGGUGAUUCAUCCGAUGGCGAUGACACCGACGAACAUGAUUUCUUUGCAGGUGGUGAAAAGUCUGGACUAGCUGUGCAGAACCCGGAUGAUUUGAAAAAGAAGAUCCUCGAAAAGGCCCACAGGGCGCAGCCUCCUCCUUCCGACGCCCCUCAGCCACGGGCAUCACAUUUCACCGGCACUGCCCGCACGCUCGGUGGUGAUGAUGCGCCAAGCCAGGUGAUUGAAAGCCCCUCGGCGCCUUCUCAACAGCGUGCCCAGCGUGUUCAACGGACUCUUCAUUUCUGGGCCGAUGGAUUCUCCGUUGAUGACGGCGAACUGUUUCGAUCAGACGAUCCCCGCAACGCAGAGAUUCUGGACGGUAUCCGCCAAGGCCGCGCUCCUCUUUCCAUCAUGAAUGUUCAACCCGGGCAGGAGGUCGAUGUGGAACUCAAGCAACAUGAGGAGAAGUACACCAAGCCCAAGCCGAAGUACAAGCCUUUCUCUGGUUCUGGACAGCGCCUCGGUAGCCCGACGCCCGGCGUACGGAGUCCGGCGCCCCCGACGCCUUCGUCCUCCACGUCUGGAACAUCUGCCCAGGAGCCAGCGAAGCCCAAUGUGGACGAGUCGCAACCUACGGUUACCCUACAGAUCCGCCUAGGAGACGGUACGCGGUUAACGUCUCGGUUUAACACCACUGCCACCAUUGGCGAUGUCUAUGCAUUCGUUGCUGCUGCUACUCCGGAUGGUGCAAACCGCGCAUGGGUCUUGAUGACGACUUUCCCCAGCACGGAGCUCAAGGACUGGGAUGUUGUUCUCGGCGACAUGCCCGAUUUCAAACGUGGAGGUGUCAUUGUGCAGAAGUGGCAGUAA